AUGGCUUCCAAGAAGCGAGCUUUCAUACUCCUCUUUUCCUUCUUUUCCUUCUUCUCCACCAUUCACUCUUCAAACACUGAUCAAUGUACUUCCACCAGUAGUAUUGCUGUCUCCGUCUACUGGGGACAAAAUACUGCUGAAGGAACGUUGAAGGAAGCAUGUGACACUGAUAACUACAACAUCGUCAUCCUUCAAUCCCUCCUUCUCUAUGAUGAUGCAAGCACGCCAUAUCUUAACUUUGCCGGCCAUUGUGGCGGUGCGCAUGACCCUUGCACCAAACUAGAGUCAGAAAUAAAGCACUGCCAAAGCAAAGGUAUCAAAGUUUUCCUUUCAAUCGGAGGAAUUAUCAUUCCGCCAUCAUCUUCCCACCACUAUGUCAUCGCCUCAUUGGAGGAUGUCGCGUACAAGGUCGCAGAAUACCUCCGGGACAACUUUCUCAGUGGCCAAUUCGGUCCACUAGGAAGCGUCGCGUUGGACGGAAUUGACAUUAUUUCCGUCGCAGAAGGUAGAAACAUUCACUGGGACGAUCUUGUUAAAGCGAUCCUCCAUGUUUCCCAUGAAAGAAAGGUCCUUAUAUCAGCAGCUCCACAGUGUGUUUACCCUGAUUAUUUCCUUGACAAACUUAUCAAGACCGGCCUUGUUGAUUACUUAUGGGUUCAGUUCUACCAUAACUCUCCCUGUGAGUAUUCGAAUGGGAAUAGUGUUAAUCUUUUCAGGGCUUGGGAGGAAUGGAGCUUAUCCGUUGAAGCCCAUAAUAUGUUUGUGUUUUUGGGGGCACCGGCGUCGCCUAACGCCGUAAGCAGCGGUUACAUUCCGCCGGAAGUGCUCAAGUCUGAUGUUCUUCCAACCGUGAAGAAAUCAUCCAACUUCGGGGGAGUUAUGGUCUUUAACAGGUACUUCGACAAGCAAACCAACUAUAGUGGCCAGAUAAAGGACAGUGUUUCAAACAACUGUGCGUAUAAGUGUGUUUGUGAUGAUGAUGUCUCCAACCACCUGUCUUAUUAA